CCUCAACACCGGUUCCACAGAGAAGGCGCGUGUCCGUUGUCUGUCGAUCGGGAUCGUUAUUCAUUUCCUACUAGCUGAUCGAAACGCAGAGUAACCAUCAAGAAUGGCUCCAAAGUCAAGGAAACAUAGACAUUCGGAGGAGAAAGAGAAGGUAGAAGUCACUCCUCCAAAGAAACAAAGACUCUCAGAAGAGAAGAAGCCAGACUCUCCGACCGAACUAAGCCCCAACUCUCUGUUCGGGAUGGGAAACCCCCUCCUGGACAUCUCAGCCGAGGUGGACAAGGACUUUCUGGACAAGUUUGGACUGAAGCCCAAUAACGCAAUCCUGGCAGACGAGAGCCACAAAGCGCUGUUCGAGGAGCUCAUCGGCAAAUUCACAGCGGAGUACCACGCCGGGGGCGCCACCCAGAACUCCAUCCGAGUGGCACAGUGGAUGAUCCAGAAGCCCGACAAGGUGGGCACGUUCUUCGGAUGCAUCGGCAAGGACAAGUUCGGGGAUAUCCUGAAGAAGAAGGCGCUGGAGGGAAAGGUGGACGCCCACUACUACGAGCAGGAGGAGGAGCCCACCGGCACCUGCGCGGUGUGCAUCACCGGGGAUAAAAGGUCCCUGGUUGCUAACCUCGCGGCGGCUAAUGCCUACAAGAAGGACAAGCAUCUGGACCUGGAGGAGAACUGGGCGCUAGUAGAGAAAGCUAAAGUCUACUACAUUGCUGGUUUCUUCCUGACGGUCUCCCUGGAGUCCAUCCUGAAGGUGGCCAAGCACGCGGCCGAGAACAACAAGGUGUUCUGCCUGAACCUCGCCGCUCCCUUCAUCUCCCAGUUCUUCAAGGACGGCCUCAUGCAGGUCAUGCCCUACGUGGACGUUCUGUUCGGGAACGAGACGGAGGCUGCUGAGUUUGGCAAAGCGCAAGAAUUCGAGACUGAGGACGUCGAGGAGCUAGCCAAGAAGGCCCAGGCUCUGCCCAAAGAGAACACCAAGCGGCCCAGAGUGGUGGUCUUUACCCAGGGGAAGGAGCACACCAUCGUGGCUCAAAGCGACAACAAGAUAGAUACAUUCCCCGUGCUGAAGAUCGACCCCAAGGAUAUCGUUGACACAAACGGCGCUGGUGAUGCCUUUGUUGGCGGGUUCUUGUCCCAGCUGGUGCAGGAGAAACCCCUGGAGCGGAGCGUGGAGGCGGGUCACUAUUCGGCCAACGUGGUCAUCAGACGCUCUGGCUGCACCUUCCCAGCGAAGCCAGAAUUCCACUGAGGGUCCGUCCGUCCGUCCAUCAGUCGUAUCACUCGUGUUCCCAGUGCGCCUCAAGCAACCCUCCUUACAAACCUGACCUCAUGUGGUUCAGGGCCUGUGUUAAACCUCCGCCAUCAUCCAACCAACAGCAAUCCGUCCCUCUCUGUGUGUGUGUGUGUGUGUGUGUGUGUGUGUGUGAACUGCAUGUUGAAGUACCCGUCUUAUCCAUGCUAUACCCGUUACGUCUGCUAGGGGCCACUUUGAGUUGUUACACCAGCAGUUCAGGUAGAUGGUCUGCUGCAGAGGUUACACCAAAACAGAAAUGUGGGGAAGCUUGCAGGCUGUAAAACCAUUGCUGGACAUUUUGAAUCUCAGUGAAAAAUGGCAUUCAUUUGUUCAUAUCGUAUAUAUUUUGUUGAGACGAUAAGUGAGUUUUUGAUAGUAUUACGAGGCUCUGACACUGCCAGCCACUGUGUUUAUCGUGCACGGUUGCAUUCAAGCCGUUCCCCUUGGGCUUUCUGUGACAGCAGAGUAAUUCCAUGAGGGGGUGAUGACCUUAAUUAUAACAUUGUGAUGUUAUGCAUACAGUAUUGAGCUCUACAGGAAUGACACGGGCUACGAUUAUUUUUCCUUUACUCAUGACUGGUGAACCUCGUUACACAGGUUUUAAUCGACCAGUGGGAUGCCAAAUUGGUUCCCUUUUUCUAAAGCACACGUUUCAAUUUGUAUGACUAUAUUUGUACUUAAAGGUGUGCGAGCUAAGCUUUGCACACUUGUUCCCUGCAGACCAAUGAGCUGCUUUGAUUGUGUUUGGCUUUGUCCUACGUUCCGUUUUAGAGGGUUGGUCUGUACGAUUUAAUUUUCCUCAACUCCUCGUACGGAGAAGAAGCCUCUGUCGAUUCGGAUGCCUUUUUUUAAUUCCUUUUUUUUUUUCUUUUUUUUUUUACUUAAGUUUGCUGAGGCACGAUGUCCACACUCUUGUUUAACUACAUGGAAGUUACUCGCCAUCUUUGCUCAGCGCAGUGCAAGAGAGCUGGGCCCAUCUCUCCUUGAUAGCCUUUUUUUCUUCUGCCUUAAAAGACUGAAAAACCUGCGCGUGUGACUCGUUUGUCUACAUGGCCUCAAAAUACCCGGAAUGGAAGGUCUUUUAUUUUGUUAAAUGCUAACUAUGUUACGGUAUUUUCUUAAACUGACAAAGAAAGCUUAUUUACGAUAAGAAUAAGUAGUUGGUCAAACUGAUAAUUUUUUUUAUUUUUUAGAAUAUCAUAUUUUGUUACAUUUGUUUCUGCAGUUUUUAAAUGGUAGGCUGUUAAAAUCCUAAACUUAAAAAAAUCACAUUUCUGUUGGAUCAUGAGGGUUUUUUUUUCUGGUCAGGGUUCAAUUGAAUCUAAUUAUUAUCUAAUUAUAACGACAUGCAAACAAAUUGUCCCUGCAGUUGGAAAUGGUGUCGACAAUAUUAAACCCAUGGAAAGUUA